AUGUCUGAAAACUGUGUUGCCGUACUGCGGCUUCCUCUCCUGCUCGUCUUCUUUUUCCUCAUCCUUCUGCUGAAUGUGCCUACGUCACAGGCAGCCUCGACGGAGAGGAUCUGGUUGGAUGAGGCAGAAGAGGGAAGACUGCAGACAGGAGAGGAAGACGAUGCGCUGGAUGUGAAGGAUGCACCUGAGGAGGGGGAGGAAGAAGAGCUGGAGGAACCGGCACGAGCAUCUAAUCCCCUCGCACCAGCCGGCUGGUGGGUACGAUUUCGUGAACGCGUCAAACGGUUUCUACGAGGACGUGGAUGCCGAGGUGGAGGUUGUCGGGAGCCAGUUAGGCAUUAUCCAAUCGUCCGUAUACCCUUCUAAUCUUCCAUCGGUCCUGCUGUUAAUUUUUUACUUUCGUCCCUUGAGAACACUACCUUUCUAAUACAGUCAUCUUUCGAUUUCAUAAUCUGUUGGCUCCGUUCUUUGCAGAAGUUGUAUGGACCUUGUACGAGUAGUGGUCCUCCCGGAGUCGAACUCGUUGUUUGAAAUUUGUCAGGCGCAGUUUCAGUAAUCAGUCCGCAGUAAAUGCACGCACUUCAAGUUGUAUCAUUCUGAAGUACAUUCAGAAUGAUGACGAUGAUGAUGAUGAGGAUGAUGAUGAUGAUCAUUCGACAUGUCAGAGGCCAGUAUUCGCUCAUUAUGGUGGGGAGACUUCAAGAAGUUAUCUCAGAAUCUCUAGUUAGGUCUAGCGCAGUGGUUCUUUCCUUACCAUUAUCGCGCAUAUGCACUUCGUGACUAUGUUGUUACAUGCGAUUGCAGAGGCUGCAACAUUUGAGUGAACUAGAACAUUCUCCUGGCAGUUAUGCAAAUAUAUAAUAAAAAUGUAUUGCCAUUCCGCUGGCGAUUAAUGUUCAUAUGGAUCUCAAUCUAACUAACCUUUCAAGAAUUAAAACAACAGCGUUUUUAUGGGCAGCCAAUUUGAGAAGUCAUAUUCUGAUUUGUACAUUAUCGUUGGAGCAGAAAAUAAUUUCCUCAGUCACGGGCGGCUGUGACACCUGGCCUCACUCAACGGUUAUAACGAUGCUAGUUUGGAUUGUGCUUGCUAUGAAGCUGGUACUGGCGUAUUUGGUGUUUAUGAUGAUGAUGAUGAUGUGGAAGAUGAUAAGAAUAAGGAGAACGAGUAGGACUAGUAGGAGCAGGAUUUAGAGUAUUAUUUUGGAUGAGGUUUAGUUCAAGGGAUGCCGUCAUGCCGGGCUUCGAACUAGUGCAAGCGUGAUUGAAUUCCGAUCAAACAAAUCUACCGAAAAACGCCUAUUCUUAAAAAUGUAGUAGGCGGUUCUCAACAGUGAACCUAACCUAGUCGUACAGUUUAUCCUUAUCGGCAGUUUUCCUGCACAACCGAAAAUCGAGUACCAGUUAGCCGUCAGGAAACAGACGUUAUCCCUAUAAUAAUACUGCUGUUCACCUGAUGUUUCUGAUUCAUGUUCCAACCCAUCAUAAGAGAUGGCAUCAGAUACACGUUAGUCGAACAGAAAGGUGUUCAGUAUAAAUAGGGCGCAGUCGCUAUGUUAACGCACGCCUAGGACAAUUACCUGCUUUUACAGCUUUCGAGGAUGGUCGCAAUUGGUGCGAUACUGGCUUGAUGGCCGGCAUUCGAGUCGUUAAUCACCGCAAUUUCGUUGUAGUCGUCGGAUGUUGGCGCGAUAAAUACCCGUUCGCAUGGCCUAUCGACAAUGGUUUUAGAAAUGGUGUUCACCUGCGCGCUCACCACUGGACUAAUUUCUCCGCCCAGGUUAAGUCUCAGCACCAGGUAUGGUAGGGAGAGGUUCUUGUACUUGUUCAUAUAUUAGGGUCAACGAACCGUAAAGCAAGCAAUUCGAGGUAUACGCGAUUGCAACUUUCGCGAAAAUGUCGGUCUCAUCGAACACACAUGUUUGGCCAGAUCUCGUUGGAUAAGCUGCGACUUAAGAACUGUCGACAUUUCAUCGCAAUACCACCACGUGCUCGGUCAUUCGCGUCCAGGUUCAGUAUUUUAAUUUCUCCGAUUUUGCUUGGUCCGUUACUGCCUCAAGCUCAAAAGGCCACUCCAGACGUUUCUUGACGUGGGAGUGGGUCUUUUGAUCUCAUUACAAUGCGCCAGAUGGUUGCAUCCGGUCUAUGUGUAUCUCCGGUCCCAAGUGGUGCGAUAGGGCGACUAACAGCCUCCGAGACGUUAUUGAUGUACGGAAGGCCUCGCCAAAGUCUAGGAUCAGUGAGAUUUGGCCCAUUGCCUCGUCUGCGUAUGCAGCGGUUGACAAAGUUUCGCGGGUAGCGACUGGCUCCGAACACUCGUCGAUAGUACAGUAUUUCGGGGAUUUUGUCCUACGGUUCACUAUAGUCUAGUUUAUUUGAGGGAAAUUCGAAUUUGCUUUCACUACUUCAGAUUUGUUGUAGUUUUCGGACAUACAGUGCGUGACCGAUCUCAUGAAAUGUUAACCAAAAUUCUGGAAUUCGUUUCCGAUUAGGAAGGUUUACUUAAUUUGGGUUGUUAUGUUGAGUAUCAUGCAGCAUAACCCUAUAACAUUUCGGACUCAGCAAGAUGUCGGCUUUUGAAUGCACUUCCUUUUGACCUCCUACAGAAACCACACUUGGCAAAAAAUGGCUACGUAAAUAGCAUGCAUUUUUCUCACUGAUUUUCGAUGGUCUUGUAAAUCCAAAAAUAUUUUGUAGAACACAUGUACAUAAAUAUGAUUUCAUUUGCCUAUUUGGAAGGAAAUCACAUUAUCUUUGUAUUUUAUGCCCGAAGAAAGUGUGUACUUAGGAUUCAACAAAGUUUCUAAUAAUGAGAUUUUUAAGACUGUACGAUGUCCAUGCGUGCAAGACCACACAUGUCCGUUUACUAAUGCUCCUCAUGAAAUGUACAACACAGUCCGGGUUCAUUGCAAAAUUUCAUGAACUCGAAGUGGUAUUUUCUUGGAGACAUAGAGGAAUGUACGAUUUUCCUUACGCGGAAAACAUGCAACUUGUAGAAGAAGUUGCUAAACGCUGAUGCAAAGGGAGAUCAGGCUGAAAGCUAUUUGGAAAUUGGGAAACUAUUUUAUAACCUAAAUACACAUUUUCAUUGGGCAUAAAAUAUGAAGACAAUGUGGUUCCCUAUAAAAUGAGCAAGAGAAAGCAUACUUUUAUGCAUGAUUUUUACAAAAUAUAUUUGAAUUCAUAAGUCUAUCGAAAGUCAAUAGGAAAAUGCAUGCUAAUUAUGUAGUCAUUUUUUACCGAGCAUGGUUUCUGCAGGACGUCAAAAAGAAGUCCAUUCAAGAGUAGACAUCCUGAUGAGUCCGAAAUGUUAUAAGAUUGAGCUGCAUGAUAGUCAGCAUAACAACCCAACUUAAGUAAUCCUACCUAAUCGGAAACGCAUUCCAGAAUUUUGGCUAACAUUUAAUGAGAUCGGUCCCGCACUGUAUUACCGCGUCUUCCCGAAGCUCCACCCGUAGAGCCCCUGGUACCAUGGUUCUCGUACUGGAAGCGGCAUGGCUUUUCCAUUUCCUGUUAGGACCGCGUGUCCGAGCCCUGCCCUGACUUGAGCGGGAAUCACUCAAAAACACUUGAAGAUAUUUUAGAUUUAGCUAACAAAUUAAUCACUCUGGGACCAUAUGGGACUGUACAAUUCCCAAGAUUUUAAUAGAGUAUCAGAAAGAAGACCUUUUUAUUUCCAUUCUUGCAUGGAUUUCCAAUAUUUAAGUAGGCAUAAGAGAUUCCCAAACCAUUUGUUAAAUACGUAAGUAAGGCACAAAUGACGCAUAUUUUAAUGACACACUACGCUCACGCUGUAUGUCGUCAGUGUUCGCACAGUGAGGUUCCAUGGAUUCUGGGCCAGAGAUCCGAAUCGGUGACCAACAACCUCACGAAACACAGUGAGAGAACAGGUCAUUACGAUCUGCGCCAUGGAAGGCUUUUGUUUCAGAGACAGUACAACAAUUAAUACAUAUUUUCUCAGGUCAUAUUCUAUUAAAAACGUCUCAUGAGGGAAUAUGGAAAAGCGGACUGUAUUUAAAGUUGCACGAAGAUGGCUGUUCAACCAAUAGAAGCGAGGAGGCGAGUGCCAGGAAGAGUCAUAAAGAGGGGAAGCGAUGAAUACAAUAAGAGCUUUAUAAGCCUGACCCACCGGAUCCUCACUCGAAGAGAGCAUCAGAGACACAAUCAAGUAAUUGAUCGCACGAGUCGGUGCCUAUCCAAGAGAAUAUGGAAACACCUUCCCGCAUGGCUGGCAAAAGGGGAACCUGGGAGAAUAGACAGCGCCAUUCUCGCGCAUGUUGUCGACUCCGGACAUUGUGGGAAUUCUAACGAAUCUUUUCGUGUAAUAUAUAAGGUCCCACUGAGCAACUCUAAGCUACUAGGCCACCGCCUGUUAGCGACAGCGGAAGCGGUCGCCAUUAGGUUACGGAAGCCAAUCUUAUGCGCACAGAAGAACCACGUUCGGGCUCCGCGCCUACAGUGGUGGAAGGUUGACUAACGCUGCAACUCCCCGGGCCCUUGCUCUCUCACCCCGCCCCUGACACUGACUGCUAUAACCCCCCCCCAUCCCCACCCCUCCCCCCACAUCCCCACAUCCCGCCUGUGUUUUAAAGAGAACUUUUAUCGAAUUCUCUUAUCGCUGACAUGGUUUUCUUCUACCCCAUUCCCAUAUAUCUGUACUGACCCGACGAGAAUUUAUCGAAAGCUACGUAUGCAGCCACCUCGUCUUCUGAAUCAAGUAAUUGCUGUGGAUUGUCCAGGUGUUGCAGUAUUUAUAGGAUGUGGUCGAUAGAACACAACAUGACUACCAUAGGUGUUAACUCCGGCAUAUCAACUACAUGGCAACUGAAUACGGGAACAAAUGUCCACUCAGACAGUGAUGUAUUCAGGAGCUGCCAAUUGUAAUAGGCCCCAUGUGGACUUGCAUCUACAUCCUAUAAACACUGUAACACCUGGACAGUCCACCACACUUGCUUGACAUUGUCUGUAAAGAUGGAUUCCAGUGAGAGUCCGAAACGUCAAGCUAUUAAAGAUCUUGUCAAAGCGAUCAUGUGUCCUUCUUUGGGCUGUUUAGUUUUGUGAGCCAUUGCGACCACAUCAGCCUUCAGUAGUGUGGAACGCGUCCUUCAAUUAGGGCGUGAAAUCUGAGACCUGAGAGUAUGCGAAAGAUGCAGCUGCAAAGUAUUUACCUGCGUUGCCGGGCAUCUGUUUUCUUGAAGGACAGACUGGGACGCCGGUGGUGGUGCCUGACGAACCGGCAUGGAUGUUGCCGCAUCGGCAUGACAAGUGUCGGUGGCCUGUUUGUGAGUGCAAAUUGUUUUAAAGGAAGAAUAUUUCGAUGGUCUUCACAACUCAUUGUGUGUGAAAGACUGUACUCUGAACACCACAUUAUGCUGUACAGUGUAGGCAGAUUGGCCUUCGGAUGCUUUCACUUUGGAGUGACAAUAAACAAUGAUAAAUGGUUACUCAUGUCUCAACCGGACCCGAGUCAAUGUCAGUGGAACUCGACCCACAGCAAUGGAUAAAUUCGCGUAUCCAGGGGGAGAAUACAUUCGCGAAACCUCACUCAGGUUGAUGAAACUGCCAUUUCCAAAAGAAGCGAAGAGACGAGUCCUAAAAUGUAGUUUUGAAGAAGGACACACGAUCGCUGGGACAAAAACUUUAUUAGCCUGACGUUUCGGAUUCCUGCUCGAAUCCAUCAUCGGAGACAACAGCAGAUACGGGUGAUUCACGCAGAAGGGACUGCAGUAUUUAUAGGAUGCGGUUGCCAUGCUACCGCAUACCUAUAUGCUCAUACCAUAUAUGCUACCGCAUAUACCUAUGCUCAGAUUGUCGAGCAAUCAUCAAACCAACACCCAGCGCACGUGAUGAAGUUGCAGCAGAUACCGACGCGAAUGUCUGCUAUCAAACAAUUAGCACACCAAGUGCGACGAUCCCGGAUGAAGGGCGGAGACGUGAAUGUUCAUAGGUAUGCGGUAUCAUGGCGACUGCAUCCUAUAAAUACUGCAGCCCCUUGUGCAUGAACCACCCGUAUCUGCCGUUGCCUCUGAUGAUGGGUUCGAGCAAGAAUCCAAAACGUCAGUCUAAUAAAGCUCUUGUCCCAGCAAUCGUGUGUCCUUCUUUAAAACUGCCAUUCGGAUCUGCCGAAUCUCGAUGCCAAGCUUUUGACCAAUCACACCGUCCUAUUUGGAGCCAUCGCAACGGGACCCUCAACAUAAGGCGAGGGAAGCACAGACGAUAUUGUCCUGAUGAAGUUCUUGUUGCAAACGCAGAUAUGGAAUGUAUGCUAAAACUAAUCGAGGAAGCUUAAUCACUUUCACGUCAGACACCCAAGAAGAGAUGAAAGGAAAGGAUCUCAGACAGCGAGAUCCUGAUUAGAACCGACACCUUCAGUAUCCGCGUCAUUUCGAGGCAAGUGAGAUUGCUUCGGAGCGGACACCUCGUGAUGAUAGCGGAGGAGCGCCUGCUCAAGUGGAUAUUCUAGAGUGAGGCGGCCACGGGUGCUCGAAGACAAUGCGGACAAGAGCGACGUUCCUAGGCCACACCAGAGACCUCCCGUAAGCAACGGAAUGUGAGGUUUGGUUAUGCAGCCUCACUUGAUUGAUAACAUAUGGAUGGCCUACCAAAACAGCAUUAGUUAGCAUACCUAACUUAGCCACUCGUUGGACUAUGAAGGGAAAGAGAGCACAAGCAGAGCUCGAAGAGCGCGCAGGGAAGCGAGUGAUGGUGGCGCGUACAUUCUCCCCCCGAGACAGUCAUUGGCUGGAUGUAGAGGAUAAGGAGGGUGCAAUCGCAACUGGAAGGCCAGUGAGGUAACCGCGCGGUAAUUCGCAGUGCAUGAUCACUGCAAUGAAACCGACGAUGUUCCGCACCGUGUGAACAAUUCGAUUUGCAAGUCCACUUGGCUCCUCGCUGGAUUAGGAUAAUAAAGAGGACGCAAGCAAGGCUCGAAUCACACGCAGGGAAGCGCGUGUGAACUGAUAACUGCAGUAACCGCGGCUGGCGUAUAAACACUCCUCCGAACGUGACACAGUUACUCAUUGAAUUAAAAUGGUAAGGAAGAUGCAAGUAUGUGAUAGUUGUAGAGCCAUCAUGUUCGUAUCUACCCAAAUCUUCUUAGAAAACUAACCAUGUGGUAUCACGCAGGUGGGGCUGCAGGAGCAGACCUCACUCUACUUGAAAAUUAACUAACACAGUUGAGAGAACUUCGCCCAAGAGCGGCAGUUCUGGCGCAUUGCCAUAAAACCUCUGCAGUCAAUUUCGAAGACGGAUGAAUAACUGCUGUCAAGACCAUGCGACAAAGGCUAGUAGGAUUCGGAUGCAACGGACCAGCGACGCAGAACCCACACACUUCACAUUGUCAGUGGAUAUUCCGGGCAAGGAUCAGCACCAGUAGACUCCUGUCGACACACUGCUAUGUCGACACGAUCAACACGCAUUUCAUAUCAUAGGACUCCUCCUUCUCCUCCUUCUCCUCCUCCUCCUCCUCCACCACCACCACCACCACCAACACCACCACCACCACCACCACCAGCUCAAAACAUGGAGCCAGAACCCGUUAA